AUGGUGAAGCCAAAGCGAGGCCGUUUGCCGCCUUCCGAUUCUGGCUCGGGUUCAUUGUCCAGGUCCCGCUCGAAGUCAUGGUCACGCUCUUACUCUGGUUCAGAUUCUCGCUCCAGCCCACGCUCCUGGUCUUUGUCCUCCCGAUCUCGUUCCAAAUCGUUCUCUUCAUCCUCCUCCCCUUCUCGCAGCCUCAGCUCCGUUAGUCGCAGCCCUACUGCUCAUAGAAAGAGUUUCGCUGUAGUGGCUAAGAAUGUGCAUGAAGGCCAUUUAAAAGAGAUAUUCAGUAACUUUGGUGAGGUUGUACAUGUGGAGCUGGCAAUUGACCAUACUGUUAAUCUUCCCAAGGGAUAUGGAUAUGUUGAACUCAAGGCAAGGGCUGAUGCUGAGAAGGCCUUAAUAUACAUGGAUGGGACCCAGAUUGAUGGCAAUGUUGUUCGAGCAAGGUUCACAUUACCUCCGUGA